UUAAGACUUUUCAACAUGUUUGCUCAGACUCUUGUGUCUUUCGCUGUCUUGGCUCUGUUCAAAAGCGCAUUAGUAAGAAAUUGUUUGCCUACUAAUAUUUUAAAGCUGAAGAGUUUGUUAGUUUGCUUGAACGUGCUAAGCUCAGGAAUUACGAAACGGGCCAUAAGUGAUGACCUAAAAAGUCAAAUACAAACCAAGUUUUUGACUGUGGGAGCAGAGUGUUUGAAAGAUCAUCCCAUCUCAAUUGACGAUGUGGCAUCUUUCAAGAGCAAAGUAUUUCCUGAAGGUGAAAAUGCUGGUUGCUUCACUGCUUGCAUCUUCAACAAACUUGGACUGAUCGACGAUGAAGGAAAAUUAUCACAUCUAACAGCCUUGGAAAAUGCUAAGAAGGUGUUUGAAGACGAAGAAGAAAUAAAGAACAUUGAAGCUUUUCUGACCACUUGUGCCGCCGUAAAUGACGAAGAAGUCUCUGAUGGAGAAAAGGGUUGCGACCGUGCUAAAUUGGCUUACAAUUGCUUUAUCAAGAACAUUAAACAGCUCGGAUUUGACAUCGACUUUUAAGAGAAGAAGAUGGGCGGAGGAUCGAAUGUAAAUUAAGGCACAUUACUCCUGAAUGCCGUAUAUUAUAUUAUUAGUUUAGAGUGAAUUGCGGACUUAUUGUUAGAUUUAUUUAAAUGUAUAUUUCAUUAUUAAAGUUAUUAUUCAAAUAA